AAGCACAGACGUGAAUUGACGCAUUUCCUUCCCCGGCCAAGCCAAAGCUUCGCCUUCUCACGGCUCCGAGCCCCGCUACUCCGAUUGACAGUCAAUCUGACCGAUGAGCGCGCUGUGGGCGGGGCUGCCCUUCUGGACACAUGCGCACUGUCCUCGCCUCGGAGGACAGUGCGCAUGUGUCCUGGGAGAUGGGUGGCGGUUGUGUCUUGGGCCGCGCCUGGGGUGGCUGGCGGCGGGGUCCCGGGGUCCGCGCAGCGCCGAAGGCCGCAGCCUUUGGCACCGAGGGCCGGCAUCAGCGGCAGCCUCGAGGCUCCAGCAGACGGUCGGGGCCCCUGGAGGAGCGGCCCUUCCCAGGGCUGCUGCGGCCCCAGAACCUCAGCCGGAAGGAGCUGGUCGAUGUGCUGAGGGCAGCCGUGGUGGACCGGAAAGGACCUCUAGUGACGUUGAACAAGCCACAGGGUCUGCCAGUGACAGGAAAACCGGGGGAGCUGACGCUGCUCUCGGUGCUGCCAGAGCUGAGCCAGUCCCUGGGGCUCGCGGAGCAGGAGCUCCAGGUGGUCCGAGCGGCUGGGAAGGAGACCUCUGGGCUUGUACUCCUCUCCAGUUGUCCCCAGACAGCAAGCCGUCUCCAGAAGUUCUUCCUCCAUGCACGGAGAGCCCAGAGACCCACAGCCACCUAUUGUGCUGUCACUGAGGGGGUCCCGGCUACUUCUGAGGGGAAGAUCCAAGCAGCUCUGAAACUGGAACACGUUGAUGGCGUCGAUCUUGUAGUUCCAGUGAAAUCUCCAUCCCGAAAGGACAUCCUGGAGGGUGUCAAGAGGACCCUCAGCCACUUCCGUGUGGUGGCCACAGGCUCCGGCUGUGCCCUGGUCCAGCUGCAGCCACUGACAGUGUUCCCCAAUCAGCUGCAGGUGCACAUGGUACUGGAGCUCUGCCCUGUUCUUGGGGACCACACAUACUCUGCCCGCGUGGGCAGUGUGCUGGGCCAGCGCUUUCUGCUGCCAGCUGACAGCACCAAGACCCAAAGACAGGUCCUUGACGAAGCCCUCCUCAGACGUCUCCGCCUGAGCCCCUCCCAGGCUGCCGAGCUGCCCUUGCACCUCCACCUGCAUCGUCUCCACCUCCCCGGUGCCAGGCCCAGGGAUGCCCCCAUCGAGCUUCUGGCACCCCUGCCCCCUUAUUUCUGCAGGACCCUACAGUGCCUGGGACUUCGGCAGCAGUAGUCCUUCUGUUCUUGCCCUUCCUUCUUAUCCCACUGGAGAGCAGUGGGGGCCUGGGGAGGAUGGGCCUGUGGUCAGGCCUGAGGAGA